AUGGAAGAGCAGGCUGACUGCGCCACCAAGGGAGUCCUUCCAUCACUGUCCACCGCCGCCUCCCAUGCAUUCACUGCUCUUUGUGUAUAUAGCCUGCAUUCUCUGGCCAUCACUUCCUCUCCUUCCAUGUAUCUUUUUUUCAUCUUUUUUCAUCUUUUUUAUCCUUUUAUACCUUUUUAUAUCCCUUUCUUCGUCUUUUUUGUCUUUUUUGCCUUUUUUUUUAGCUUCUUCAGCGUCAUGCAAAAAAACAAGCAAAAAGAAACGAAACGACGACGACGACGACGAAGAAGAAAGAAGAAGAAGAAGAAUAAAGACGAAGAAGACGAAGACAAAAGAGACUCGCAUCGACAGGCGCCGGAAGAAACACCACUGACUGACUGA